CCACUUUGGGACAAGAAAUCAUGUAGUCCCCAUAUUCUCCAUCAGGGGGAGCUCUAUUGCUUUCCCAUCCACAUCUCACUUCUCCUUCAGUUGUUUAGAUUGUAUCUUCCCUCUUUGUCAGGAUGUGGACAUGAUGGAUCAGAACGGCAUGACUCCUCUGAUGUGGGCGGCUUACAGGACACACAGUGUGGAUCCCACCCGGCUGCUACUGACCUUUAAUGUGUCUGUCAACCUGGGCGACAAAUAUCACAAGAACACAGCGCUGCACUGGGCCGUGCUGGCCGGCAACACCACAGUCAUCAGCCUGCUGCUGGACGCCAACGCUAACGUCGAUGCACAGAAAAUCAAGGGUGAAACACCGCUAGAUCUCGCCAAGCAACGGAAGAACGUUUGGAUGAUCAAUCACUUACAGGAAGCACGGCAGGCCAAAGGCUACGACAGCCCUUCAUACCUGAAGAGACUGAAGAUGGACAAGGAGUUCAGGCAGAAGGUGAUGCUGGCAACACCCUUCCUAGUCAUCUGGCUCGUUGGCUUCAUCGCUGAUCUGGACAUCGACUCGUGGUUGAUCAAGGGCCUCAUGUAUGCCGGCGUCUGGAUCACCGUGCAGUUUCUCUCCAAGGCUUUCUUCGACCACUCCAUGCACAGCGCUCUCCCUCUGGGAAUCUAUCUGGCCACCAAGUUCUGGAUGUACGCCACCUGGUUCUACUGGUUCUGGAACGAUCUCCCCUUUGCCACUGUCCACAUGCCCUUCCUGAUCAACACGCUGGCUCUCUUCUACAACUUUGGCAAGUCCUGGAAGUCUGACCCAGGAAUUAUCAAAGCAUCAGAGGAGCAGAAGAAAAAGACAAUUGUGGAGCUGGCAGAGACGGGCAGUCUGGAUCUGAGCAUAUUCUGCAGCACCUGCUUGAUACGAAAGCCCGUCAGGUCCAAACACUGCGCCGUGUGCAACCGCUGCAUCGCCAAGUUUGACCACCACUGUCCCUGGGUGGGGAACUGUGUCGGAAGUGGGAAUCACCGCUACUUCAUGGGUUAUCUCUUCUUCCUGCUCUGCAUGAUCUGCUGGAUGAUCUACGGCUGCAUUUCCUACUGGAGGCUCCACUGUGCCACCAGUUAUGCCAAGGAUGGUUUCUGGCUCUAUCUGACCCAGAUCGCCUCCUGCUCCCCCUGGAUGUUCUGGAUGUUCCUCAACAGCAUCUUCCACUUCAUGUGGGUGGCCGUGCUCAUCAUGUGUCAGCUCUACCAGAUCGCUGCUCUGGGAAUCACCACCAACGAGAGGAUGAACGCUCGGAGAUACAAGCACUUUAAAGUCACAGCCACGUCCAUCGAAAGCCCCUUCAACCACGGCUGCUUCAGAAACCUCAUCGAUUUCUUUGAGAUCCGCUGCUGCGGUCUGAUCCGGCCCAUGGCCGUGGACUGGACCACGCAGUACACAAUAGAGUACGACCAGACGUCUGGCUCGGGCUACCAGCUGGUGUAGAGGACGAGGACGGGGGGGGGGGGGGUGGUGGAAGUGAGUUUUGGAAUGAUUACUGUCCCGUCUGUUGUCGGGAGCGCUUGCUUUUUUUGGACCAUCUCUCCCUCACCGAUCAAAAGACUUAGAAAAGAAUGAGCCAGGACUAGCAUGCUGUCACGGGGCGAGGCCUCUCCCUCCGCCCUCACCUCCACCCUCUACUACUACUACUACUACUUCUACUCUCCAACAUCAGACAGUACCUCCACAUUCCCAACCCCACCCCACCCUCCACCUCGUCUCUUCUCCUGAGCCCUUUGGACGGUUGGUGCUGCCGGGCACAAACGGAGAGGAGAGAGGCCGACGGACCAGAGGAAUUCCAAAAUAAAAGCUCUUGUUUGUGGUGGAGGUGUGACGCUGCAGCGCCGUGGAGCCCCUCCCACUUUCUCUCCUUAUUUAUGGUGUCCCUGUUGAUGUGCCCUGUGUGUAUCCUUUUGUUUUGGAUUGGUUCAGGAACUCUGCUGGUCCUGGGAUGAUGAACUGUGGUGGCUAGGAAAGCUGAAGGAAAGUUGUUGUUUUGGACUUCUUUUUAACCGUGAAUAGAGAUAAGGGAAUGUCUUUUUAAGGUCAUGAUUUUGCACCGUGAUUAUUUUUUGGAGUUGAGCGGAUGAGGAUUUGCCAACAUAGUUGAACUUAUCAGAGUGUUACAGGUGGAGCCGCUGGAGGAGUCCAGCUUCUCACCUGCUGAAAGAAAGCUGCACGCAAUUUUAAGAGGAAAUGUAAGCGUUUUUUACUCAAAGUAAUAACCUGGAAACAUUUGAUGUGCUGUAAUAAUUCCAGAUUAAGCGCAUUCCUUCAGCGGCGACCACUGUAGACGUGACAGAAAAUAUCCUACAGACAAUGUGAUACAGGAAUAUUUAUUUAAAACUAUUUAUAGACAAAGUUGCUAUGUUCUAGCGCCAUCAUUUUAACAUUUCACAUCAUUUUAGCUGAGUAGGUUUUUAUGACAACAAGAAGUACCUGUAGCAGUUUGACAUGGAAGCCCGGGAACUUUCCCAUAAACUGUAUAUAGACGGGUGCAGCGAGCGUAUUUAUUAACAGCAGAGUUGAGAAUGCAGUCGAAGGACAGGGAGUUUACAAGAAAGGUUCAUUCCGUAUGGUUUUUUUCUCCAAAAGCUGUAAAGUCUUAUUUGUUUUUUUGUCUGCCUACAACAUUGCACUGAUCAUUUGUUUUUGGCCGUUACUGAACACGCGGGCCCGUCAGCGCCGCUUCACACCGACGCUUCCAUUGUUUACAGAGAGGAGUAGGAGGGGCCAGUCAGACAUGGCCAACCCCCCCCCCCCCCCUACCCCCCCGCAGGCAGCAGCAGGCCAGACUGAAGUGUAAAGAAUGUGCACCUGUACAUAAACAAUAUCUUUCUCUGUAACUAUUUUCUUUCCUUUUGUCAGUGUUAGUUGAAGGUGCUCCUGGGUCUACUUUCUUUUUUUGAGUUUGGGGGAUUUCUUCCAACAAAACAGAAGAAAAUCAAGUGACUAUACUCCAAGUGUAUGACUAUAGCUUUUAGUGAUGUCCGACACUGCUGUCUAUAGGCAUUUUAACCCCUUAAUACCUUAAAUCCCCCUGCGCCCCAGCCAAGAAACUCCACUGCAUGUACGAUGCUGGGGACAGCUGGGCUCUCGCCGUCACGCCCCCAACCCCAUAGUCAUCACCAUGGUGACAGCCCGGCAAGCCACGUGUCUGUAUAUAGUGAAUGUUAUGUAUUUGCAAGUACUUUUCUGCAUUGCGUUCAUUUGUCUGUCUUUUAUUUUAUUUUCUUUCUCAAAUCCAGUGUGUUUAGUGGAAGUUUUCUGUCAGGUCGCCAGACUACCAGUCGGGCCUGACUGUGCAAGUGUGUAAUAUAUUUGAAUGUUCCAUGCUUGUGGACUCUGUAGUCAUCCUUAAGGUUUUUAUUUUUUAUUUCUAUGUCAUAUAUCGCUGGGUUUGUUAUACCACUGGAUGUACAAAUUGUAAAGCAAAGACACUAGAGAACUAAGGCAGACGCCAACUUUUGUUUUUUUUCUAAAAGCUGAAAUGUGAUCAUGCAAUAGUUUAAGGACAGAGGGAGGUUAUAUAUUACAUUAGGCCUCUGGAACUUUUGGGCCUCAUGUUUGCAUCAUCAGAAGGGGGCGGUUAUGUCAUCAUAGUCCAUGUUUCACUCCCCCAUCCUGCAAACCAACCACUGAUGUCAUUUCUGCCCUACAAAGACAACAUACAGCAGCUGCUUUUUGUGUGCUUUAAAGGCCAAAGGUUGAUUUCAUAUCAGUACCAGUAACUAACCACUUGGGUUCUCAUCAUGCCUUUAACGUGACACGAGGUCAAUGCAGACUGGUGUUUUUGUUUUUCUAGGGCAGGGUUCUGCUCAUCUGGGACAUGAAUCUAAAGCCAUUUCAGUCCUCAAUAGUUCUUCCAGCAGCCUGACAUGUUUCUGUUCCGUCUCCCCUCUCACCUCGCCAUGUGGGA